AUGGCGGGCAAGCGCUCCCGAGAUAUCGAUGCAAAGUCCGAAGAACAACGCACAACUGAACCACCAGUAAAGAAGAAGAAGGGGUUUUCUGUGGGACCUGCAAACCUGCCUGAUGGUACCUAUCGCCGGAAAACCCAGAAAAUCAAAGCCGACCUGAUUCAGAAGGCCAAAGUUAAAAAGGCCUACGCCAAAGUAAGAGCCGAAGAGUUCGCUGCCGCCCCCCGCAAGUCGGUCUACGAAUUAGCGGAGGAAAAUGCUGCGAAGGAUGAUAAUGUGCCAGAGGCAGAACCUGCCUCGCUGGAACUGCACCCGGACCGACAGGCGAUGUUAGACCAGCCGGCGCCUGAGAGUAACCCCCGCCCCGAGCGAGCUAGAAAUCAAGAUGGCGAAGGUCGCCGGAAACGGAAGCCCAAGCGGUCCGCUUUUGCAAAAGAGAUGGAGAUUGCGGAGAAGCGCAGACAGGAGGCGCAAAAGCGACAGGAGGAGCGUGAUUUCAGGCAAAAGGAUCGCGAGGCGAUGGCUAAGGCUAGACGACCGGACCAGCAUGGGAAGAGGAGAUUAGGUCGCGAGAGUAACGUGUUGCUGAGUCGGGUGCAACGGAUGGUCGGCCAGACGUAA